AUGAGAAGUUCUUUAAUGGAAAAAAUGGAGUCACUUCUUAACAUUUGGAUUGAAGAUCAAAAUCAGCGAAGAAUGCCAUUAAGUCAAAUGGUAAUUCAAAAGAAAGCACUAACUUUAUUUGAAGAUCUGAAAGAAGAUUAUCCAUUAUCAAGUUCCGAAAGUGCGGAAGAAUUUGAUGCAAGCAGAGAUUGGUUUGACCGUUUUAAAAUCCGUGGAAAUUUGCAUAGCAUUGCAUUAAAAGGAGAAUCUGCUAGUGCUGAUACUUCAGCUGCAGAAAAGUUCAAACUUGAAUUAAAAGCAAUUAUUGAAGAAGGUGGGUAUUCUGCACAACAAGUUUUAAACGCUGAUGAAACGGGACUUUUUUGGAAACGUUUGCCAGGAAGAACGUACAUUUCUAAAUCCGAAAAAUCUUCGCCAGGUUAUAAAUCUAGCAAAGAUAGACUUACACUUCUUUUGGGAGGAAAUGCAGCGGGAGAUUUUAAAUUUAAGCCAUUUUUAAUUUACCACUCUGAAAACCCGAGAGCUUUUAAAAAUGUUAAAAGGAGCGAGCUUUCUGUUCAUAGGCGUGCAAAUAAAAUAGCAUGGAUGACCGCAUCCUUAUUUAGAGAUUGGAUGAACAAUUGUGCUGCUCCCGAGCUAAAGGCUUAUUGUUCUUCAAAAAAUAUUGAGUUUAAAAUGCUCUUGUUAGUUGACAAUGCACCAGGUCAUCCUGUUUUUUCAGACGAUUAUUCGGAAAAUAUUAAUGUUAUUUUUAUGCCCCAAAUACAACAUCUGUGA